GGAGAACGGGAAGAGGAGAGGCGAGCGGAAGUGUUUUAUUUUUUAUUUUUAUCUUUUUCUUUCUCUUUUGUUUUGCCUCCGCAUCGAUCGAGGAGGAGUCGUCAUCAGAAGCAAUCCAAUCCAAUUCCACACCGCCGCGCCAGCCGCGCUAGCUGAAGACGAAGUCGCCUAGAGCCGACGUAGCGUGCGGGAAGAAGAAGGAGAAGAAGAGGAAGAAGAAGAAGAAGAAGAAGAGGAGGAAGUCGAGAGAGAAGAGCAAAGGAAGGGAGAAUUGGAGCAGGCUUCGCGCUUGGAAUCGCAGCGCCCCCCUUGGCCGGCGUUUCUCCCUGCAUUCCUGUCCCCGAGGUUCGAUCUCUUCUCGCUCGCUCCGCUCCCUCGCCCGCGCUUCCCCGCCCCCUCGCUCUCGCUUUGAAAUCUCCCCCUCCCGCCCUCCAACUACCAACGGGAUCCGCCUCGCUGAUGUUGGGUCUUCCCUCUCGGAGCAUGGAAUCGAUCUUCCUAGUGUUUGCUUUGUGCAUUUGGUCUGCAACAAUGGCAUCUUUCUCGAGCUUCUGGCCCCGAAAUCGGUUGUUCCUUCAGUUGGGUUCAGUUCUUCUAGGGUUUUGAUCUAGCUUGAUCGCAAUUCUCCUAUCGUGCGAGGCCUUUUGACUUGGUUCGAGCUCGGGAUCAUUGCUCACUUAGUGGAUUCUUAUAGUCCCUUCUAGCGCUAGGGUUUUGUGCCCCGGAGAUGAGACUUUCGCCUGGUUGUUCGAAGCUAAGGAGAAGGAGACUGAUUAUAGCUCUCGGAAUCCUCUGGAAGUGGAUCAAGAUUUAGUUCUUCUGGAGUUUCAGAGAAAGAGAGUGGAAGAAUCGAAGGGCGAACAGUAAUUUUGUUCAUCUGGUGAGUUAUAUGGCCGCCGUGCAUUGAGAGAUGCCGACACCGCAGCCUUCUCAUCACACCCGGAUCAAUCUUGGUGACGUCAAGUCACAGAUAGCCAAAAAGCUUGGCCCUGAGCGGUCUCAGCAAUAUUUCAGCUAUGUCAAUCAGUUGUUAGCUCAAAAGCUGAGCAAACCAGACUUCAACAAGUAUUGCCUUUUGGUCCUCGGACGUGAGAACCUCCAUUUGCACAACCAUCUUAUUCGCUCGAUCCUCAAGAAUGCCUUCCUGGUGAAACACCCACCGCCACUUGGACUUGGGAAAGAUGCUUUGAAGCCCAUCGAAGCUGUUGGAACGAAAUCAUCUGAAGAUGAAAGCACAGAUGAUGAUCUGGCAGCAUCAAUGUCGAAGAACACUAUAUGGUCCAACGGGAACAUCUUGCCACCGUCCCCUUGCAAAGUCAGGUCAUGCAUUCGAGACGGGAGGAUCAAAGACCGUCCUAGUUCUCUUGGACAGAAUGGAAGGUUACAUGCAACUUCCCAUCAAAUCGUCCGAGAGAAUGAUGUCAUUAAUCCUUGCGAUUCGAAGAGAUCGAUGCAGCAUCAUCAAGGUGUCCCUUUAGAUCAUCCUGCAAAGCGACCACGGAGAGAAAAUAUGGCACUUCAUGAUCAAGCUCAUGUAGAUCACAAGGGUUUGAUCGAGUUUGUAAAGGAAGAUGCAGAAGAUUUGGAACGAGCUAAUGACUUGAGCUCCAAGAGAGGUCCUUUCCAGGCUCCACUUGGAAUCCCCUUCUGUCCUGCAAGUUUGGGUGGGGCACGGAGAUCUUUGCCUUUUGUAAGUACUUCUAGCAGUGGUAGUCUUAGUUGUGACCGUGGAGAAUUAUGUCAUACGGAGGCUUUGAAGAGAAGGAUGGAGAAAAUAGCAGCAGGACAUGGCUUGGAAGGAGUUACGUUGGACUGCUCUAAUCUAUUAAAUAACGGGUUAGAUGUUUAUUUGAAGCGUUUGAUUAGGUCAUGUGUUGAAUUACUGGGAACAAGGUCAGGUCAUUAUCAAACAAAGUAUGGAGUCUUCAAGCAGCAAACUCAAGAGAAGCCAAUUAAUGGUGUUUGGCCAGGAAAUCACAUGCAUGUACAGAAUAGUGAUAAGAUUUCUGAACACAUGCAAAGGCUGAAGACAAACAACCAGAUAUCUCUGAAGGAUUUUAGGGUAGCGAUGGAGUUGAACCCACAGCAACUUGGUGAAGAUUGGCUGUUGCUACUUGAGAAAAUAUGCCUUUGUUCAUAUAAAGAAUAAGACAGGUCAACUUCAGGAUCUCCUGAUAUGUCAACUUCUCUUUGGUUGAUUUUUAAGAACCUCAAGGAGUGGUUUACUUUUGCUGCUUGCCAUCUCUCCAUUGAGCAUUGCCAUGGAUCAGUGCAAAAUUCUUUUAAAAUAUCGUGGUCUUAUUAAAAUGAAUCAUCUUCCCCGAAUAUUGUCAGUGCCUGAAGAAAGUUCAGUUUUCCCAUGGUUGGCACAUUGAUGUAUGUUCUGAAUCCAUGUUGACAUGUUCCACCAGAACCAGAUGCCUCAAGCUUUUAUAUGGUAUACAGUGUAUUCAGAGAAAUCAGUUUUGCAGAAUACUAAUGUGUAACUUUGAUAUAGGUAAAAUCAGUUAUGUAGGUUCUUGCGGGGUUGCAGGGUAUGUAUAAUUUAUUGAAUAUGGAUAAUUUGAGUAAUGUCAGUCUCUUACUGGUUCAAUAUUGUUUAGGAAGAUAAAUUUGGGUUAUCCCGAUACAAGCGACACCUAAGAAAUCAUCUGGAAAGGUCCUAUGUAUCUUUUCUUUAUGAAGUUUGAUCUGUUAAUCUCA